GAAUAUAAAUCCCCGAUCAGCUGAUUUCGAGCUGUCAGACACUAUAAGCCGGCCGGUGAGGAUAGUAUUCACGUACAUUUGAAAGAUCUGAAGGAAAAUCAGAUUGAGAAAAUGACAGACAUCCAAAUGAACGGUACUGAGCUUCGAUCUGAUCCUUUGGCAGACGAAAUAUUACAAAUUGUCAACGGUGCAACAAAAUAUAAGAUUAUGGUUCAAUGUGUAGAAGCCGGUUUCUUUGAUGCCAUAGAAAGCGUCGGAGAACCUGCAUCACUGGAACUGCUAUCAAAGAAGUUUGCGUACGACCUGGAAAUUUUGGAAAGACUGAUGAAUACAUUAGUUAGUUACCGGUUAAUCAUUGUCGAACAAAACAAAAAGGGAUCAAAUACUUACAAAAAUUCACCAAGUACAUCCAAGUACCUAACACGAUCUAAGAAGCCAACAAUGAUUGGUCUCAUCAUGAUGAGCGAUAAGAUGUGUUUACCCCUAACAGAAAAUCUCCCCGAACUGUUGAAAAAUGGAUUACCUAAGUUUGACAUCAACAGAAAUAUAGCAGCCAUGAAAAAUGGCAUGAAUAAGAAUGGUGUGAAUCUUACAGACAUAAAAAAUGAAAAGAACAUUUCUGAAAUGAAAAUGAAAACAAUCAAGAUUGAGGAUAAAAUAUCACCAACAUGCAGUCCAACCAAAACAAAUGUGUCAAAAAGUAAUAAAAUGCCACCAAUGCCGAAUGGAAUGAAUAUGAACAAAAUGCCACCCAUGCCUAAUGGCAUGAUGGCAAUGAAAAUGUCAAUGAUGUCAACUUCUAUGAUGUCAUCGAUGAUGCCUAAACCAAAUAACAUGGACAACCCACCAUGUGACAUGUUAUCCAAAUUCAUAAUGUCAACAGAUGCAUUCUCUUGUUCGUGCGCCAGUGCUGUUGUGCGCGCUUUUGAUCUCAGUCCUCAUCGAGAAGCAGUUGAUCUUGGUGGUGGAUCAGGCAGAAUCUCAAUCGAACUGUCCAACACAUACACCAACAUGAAAGUAACAAUGUUUGACUUGCCUCCAGUUGUACAGCUCGCACAGAAAAUGUUCCCGAACAAUUCAGACGGAACAAUUCAAUACAAAGCAGGAGAUUUCUUUGAAGACGACAUACCUUCAGGCGAUUUAUAUAUACUGGGACAUGUUUUACAUGGCUGGGAUGAGCUUCGUGUGGAUCAACUCCUUAACAAAAUAUUCGCUAAGUUACCACCAGGUGGCAGUCUGUUGGUUUUAGAGAAAGUUUUAAGUGACGACAAAUCCAGCCCAGAAAUUUGUACGACCAAUGACUUAAUUCUGGCUUUAAUGUCGAAAGGAAAAGAACGCAAUGCAUCAGAAUAUCAAAAACUCUUUGCCAAGCAUGGCUUCACAAAUGUGCAAUUCCGGUAUAUUGACGGGUACAACUACUGUGACGCAAUUUUAGUCAAGAAACCGUUUUAAAUUCUCUCUCCAUCCACGUGGCGUUAUGUUGUAUUUUCAAUAGACUCAAGAAUCCUGUUUGUUGUACUAUUUUUUUUAAAUGGUCAUAUAAUAGGUAAUUUUACAUGAGGUCUGUUCUUGGAAGUAUGUAACAUUCAAAUGCUAAUUUAAUAGAAACUGAAGUAUAUUUGGGCAACGAAUUUACUUUGCUAUCAAAUAUUUAAAGUGACACUGUACUUUAAAAAAGAAUGUGAGUAUAUUCUUUUGGUAAAUUCGUUUAAUAUGUGUAUGUAGGUUGCCUAUUUAUCGGAAAGGAGUGGGUAUGAUAAAUACUAUUAAUCGGCACCACAAAUUUCAAAAAUGAUUAAAAUUCCUCAAACCCUUUCAAAAUUAUAUUAAUUUUGUGAUGAUACUGGGAUAUGGGAUGGACACAUUUACAACUAGAUACAUGAAUUUCACUAUGACCUUACUAAGAUUUUAGAAUAAUGUAAUUAACAUGUCGAAAAUAGGGUUUUAUACUCAAAAUGACACUUUUACGCCAUAGGUUUUGGUCAAUUAGAUACGAGCCAAGCGGUUACCAAAUACUAUAUUUUGCCCAACAUUUACAUCUUUGAAUAAGAUAAAUAAAGUAAUGCUCAUUUCCAAUAUCUGAAAAUGGGAUAAUUUGGCAGUUUUUGCAGCUUUGAAUGGACACAAGAAGUUCGAUGCAAUAAUCAAAUUAUAAUAUUUAAUAAUUUUAUAAAGCAAAUACGUAUAGGUCACAGAUAAAUAUCUUGUCGAAACCCGGGUAAUGUUAUUUGAUAGAUUUAAUGUACUUUUUGAGUUUCGAAUUCAAGGGAGCAUAGAUAUGCCUGAAAUACCUUCUCCCUUUUAAUUUUAAGUGUAUCUAAGAUAUAACAUUUAAAUCGGUGAAUGCAUGGUAUGAAGUUUAUCAAAAAGUGUUUUUAUUUUGGUAAACUCAUCAUUGGUGGUUGUUCUAAAGUGUCAUUUUGGAAAACCUUUUUGGUCUAUUAAUGAUGUCUAUUUUCCCCUUUUUAAUCAUGUAUAAAAAUAAAGGUAUAUUCUUCGUUUUAAUAUUAAAAAAAAGGAUAAGUGUAUAAAUCCCUUUUCAUAUGUAUAGGAAAUAAUAGGAUUUCCUUAAAGUAAUAAAGAGUUAGCUUUUAUAUGUCUUUCAAAAAAAUACAUUUAUAUGAUCUCCACUUUGUUUAGCUGUCAUUGCUCUACAAAAAUAUUGUGAAAACAUUCAAUCUUGCUUUGAAACAAUCUGUUUAACAUUGUGUAACAUUUUGUGUGAAUAGUCUAUUUAUUUUUAUUUAUGGGAUUCAUUUUCGUGAUAUAUUCUUAUUCUUAAACAUAAACAUAACCAAUUUUAAUCAGGUUAGGACUUCUUCGUCCUGAUAUCAGGUGAUUGUUGUCGUUUAAAUGGUGUGAUAUACAUCCAAGAAUCAUUUUGAUACUAAAGUAUAAUUUGAAGCAGAAAAGAUAUGCAAACAUGCAACUCUCAAUGCAAUUGAAAGACCCAACAAUUAUCUAAAUAUUUGAUGUUAAUAUGCAUAUUAAGGAAUAUGUUUACUACUCAGGUUGUCAGAGGCAUAAAACUCUUCAUAUACCUCAAAUAUUAGAUUCCUAUAGUGAUUCUGAGUUGGAAAGACUAUGUUUACAAAUACCGAUAAUACAAUUUCUGAACUUCUACAUUGCUUCGUGUACCUUAUAUCUAGCCAGACUAUGGGUACCAGCAAAAGGAAACCAGAUCUCAUAUCCGCCGGACGAAUGGAGGAUCCGUCUAUACUUCAGUGAGGUGUCUAGGAAAGCACUGGAUCUCAUAAACUUCAAAUACCUCCGUCAUAAUACUCGGGCUCUAUGUAUAUAUUGCUUUUAUAGUUUUGGGUUUUCAUAAGUUCUUUUUACAUUUUAACGAAUAAACAAUUAGUGUAUAUUUAAACAAUGCCCAAUUUCGUUGUAAAUUUGGUAAUCAAAACUGUACGGAGUAUCUAUGUAUUAUCUAUCAGCUUGGUGUGCAAGUCUUUCUUUUUACCAUUCUCCUUUUUUGUUUGUUACUAGGGCAUAUUGUUAUGUUUUGUUUUCAUAUACUUUUUUAUUGUGUAUCAGAAAUCAUUUUAUUAACCAGUGUGAAUUUAAUCAUAUUUGAUGAUGUUGUUUCAUACAAUUUAUUUAUUGUGAUGUAUUAUUGGAGACUUUCAGAGAGUAAAAUUAUGAAUGUGACCAAAUUGUCAUGGAGGUAUUUUUGUCUUUAAACUUGUUGUUUUUAGCAUAAUUUACAGAUAUUUAAUAAAUGUUCAAUUUUAGAA